UUAGUCCAUUAAUCUCUCAAGAUUUAACAGAAAAUCAAGAAGGAAAUAAAUACAGAAAAAUGGCUUGCUGGUCAGCUGAAAAUGCCACUAAGGCCUAUCUCAAAACCAUGAGAAUGGGAGAAAAGGCUAAAGAGCCUAAUGGAGUCGAGUUCAUUUCGGCACUUGCUGCAGGCAACAACGCACAAAUCAUGGUCAUGGCGUGCGCUGGUUCUGCCGACUCAACCACGCUAGCCUUGGCUGCAGCAGCCCAGCAAACUGGUGGGCGCGUUAUCUGCAUUCUUAGCAGCAUACAGGACGGCUAUCUGUCCGGGACGACUCAGGGCAUAAAUGCAGAUAACGUCGAAUUUGUAACUGGAGAUGUUAAGUAUCUGCUGAUAAACGAUUACAAAGAAGCAGAUUUUGUUGCCAUUGAUUGCAAUCUAGAAAAUUACGAGGGAAUUAUCAGGUUGACUCAAGAAAGCGCGAGAUGUAACAAUACAAUUGUUCUCGGCUACAAUGCAUUUUGCAAAGAGUCAUGGAGGAAUAGCCCUUCGUGUAGUGAAUUGCUUCCUAUAGGAGAAGGCUUGCUAUUAAUAAGAAUAGCAGCUAAAAAGCAUGCCAAUGGUUCUGGUUCGAAAAAGAGAGGGAACUGGAUUGUUAAGGUGGACAAAUGCACAGGUGAAGAGCAUGUAUUCAGGGUCAGAUCUUCUGCUGGAAGAGUCGUUGGAGCUUGAAUCUUGCCCAGGAUUAAGCCCUUCAUCGAUCAAUUUGCAGUCGAUGGGAUAAAGUCUGGACUUUCCGUAGGUCUAUCAAGUGUAAAUAUGCAAUCUACAAUAUAGAAGUUCCAUUUUAUGCAAGAAUUACCUUGUACAUUAAUCAAGUUUUGGUGAUUUUCUGUCAUGGUUAGAUACAUAUUAUAAGUUAUUGGCAUAAUUAGAACAUGAUCCACUUGUUUUGAUGACAAUUUCUGAAAAUAGCA